AUGGUCGCAGAAAACGGCGUCAAAUCAUUAGCACCCGAUCUCCAGGAGAUCCAUGAUUUCCUCAUUGACCUGGCUUACCGGGCUGCGGAUAUCAUCACUGGAGCUAAGCCAUUUGUCAAUUGCGUUGGCUCGAAAAAGAACACAUCCGACCUGGUAACAGAAUAUGACCGUGCGGUCGAAGCAAUGGUUGCCAAAGAGCUCAAAUCCAAAUAUCCAAAUUACGAAUUCAUGGGUGAAGAAACCUACCACCCCUCAAAACCCCUCACAGAAGCUCCAACCUUCAUCGUCGACCCAAUCGACGGCACCGUAAACUUCGUCCACAGCUUCCCGAACUCCUGCAUCUCUCUAGGUUUUGCCAUCAAGAAGCGUCCCGUCGUUGGCGUCGUCUUCAACCCCUCCACAAAAGCUCUCUACACUGCCAUAGCUGGCAAGGGCGCAUAUCUGAACCGCAAGACAAAGCUUCCGCUCAAGGGACCCGACACGAUUGAGCCGCUGAAGGGCCUUGGAAAUGCUCUCAUAGCUGUGGAGUGGGGUUCUGAUCGCCACGGGCAGAACUGGGAGACCAAGCUCCGCACCUUUGAGAGACUCGGCAAGAGCCGCGAAGAGGGCGGAGCUAUGGUGCAUUCGAUGCGCAGCAUGGGUUCUGCAGCACUUAACAUGUGUGCCGUGGCCGCGGGGGUACUUGAUUUGUAUUGGGAGGGCGGUUGUUGGGCGUGGGAUGUGUGUGCGGGCUGGGUCAUUCUGACAGAAGCUGGGGGAAUUGUGGUGGACGGGAACCCCGGUGGAUGGGAAGGGAAAGUUGAUGGGAGAAAGUACCUUGCUGUCCGUGCGUCGCCGAAUGGGGAGGGUCAAAAGGAGAUUAUCGAGGAGCUCUGGGGACAUAUGCAGGGGACUUUCGAUUAUUCUCAUUGA